UGCCCUGCGCCUCAGACGGAGCCGGGGGAGGCGGAGUCGCAGCUGCUGUAUCGGGACCGAAGUGGAAAUUCCCCCCAGCACCAGCCGCAGGUUUCUCUGCCGAGAGUCACGAGCUGUCGCCGGACCCCAGCGCCGCCCGCCCACCCGCUAUGGCCAACUACAUCCACGUCCCGCCCGGCUCGCCCGAGGUGCCCAAGCUGGACAUCGCCCUGAGCGACGUGGAUGGGCCCGGCUGCCGCGAGGGAGCCCUGCAGCUGCUGCGUCGUCUGCGGCCGCACUGGAGCCCCGAGGAGGUGACGCUGCAGCUGUUCACAGAUGGAAUCACCAAUAAGCUUAUUGGUUGCUAUGUGAGUGACGCAAUGGAUGAUGUGGUUUUAGUUAGAAUCUAUGGAAACAAGACCGAGCUGCUAGUAGAUCGAGAUGAGGAAGUGAAAAGUUUCCGGGUGUUGCAGGCCCAUGGCUGUGCGCCACAACUCUACUGUACUUUCAGUAAUGGUCUAUGCUACAAGUUCAUGCAAGGAGAAGCACUGGAUCCAGAGCACGUCUGCAACCCAGAUAUAUUCAGACUCAUAGCCAGGCAACUUGCUAAAAUCCAUGCUAUUCAUGCACACAAUGGAUGGAUCCCCAAAUCUAACUUGUGGCUGAAGAUGGGGAAAUAUUUCUCACUCAUACCUACAGAAUUUACAGAUGAGGAAGUAAAUAAACGGUUCUUAAGUGAUGUGCCAAGUCCUCAAAUCCUUCAGGAGGAGAUGUCCUGGAUGAAGGAGAGACUGUCAAAUCUAGGAUCCCCAGUGGUGCUUUGCCACAAUGACCUGUUGUGUAAGAAUAUUAUCUACAACGAGAAACAAGGUGAUGUACAGUUCAUUGACUAUGAGUACUCUGGAUACAACUACCUGGCUUAUGAUAUUGGAAAUCAUUUCAAUGAGUUUGCAGGAGUGAGUGAGGUAGACUACAGUCUUUAUCCAGAUAGAGAAUUACAAGAGCAGUGGCUGAGAUCUUACCUUGAGGCAUACAAGGAAUAUAAAGGUUUCGGUACAGAUGUUACUGAGAAAGAGGUAGAAGUCCUAUAUGUGCAAGUCAAUCAAUUUGCACUGGCCUCUCAUUUCUUUUGGGGAUUGUGGGCUCUGAUUCAAGCAAAAUAUUCCACCAUUGACUUUGAUUUUCUAGGGUACGCAAUUGUUCGUUUUAACCAGUAUUUCAAAAUGAAGCCAGAGGUCACAGCAUUAAAGCUUCCUGAGUAAUAAAGAACUUCAGUUAUCCUCAAGUGGAUAAGCAAUCCUUAGAAUCCUUUCUGAGAACAGAUACCGAAAAAGCUAAACAUUUUGUUUAAGUUCUGUAAUGUUCACUUGGUUGUUUUGCUUUACAAAUGAUGCCUCUAAACAAGUCUUAAUGUUAAAUCUAAUAAGAAGAGCAUACCUACUGUUGAUAUAGAAUGGAUUAGAAAUUUGCUAAAUCUAUAAGGCUGUAGAGAUGGCAAUUUAAUCCUUACCUAAGUAAUUUAACAUAUGUUGUAUGUGAUUUAUUUAUUAUGAGUUUAACAUGAUUCCAUUACUGCUUUCAUCAAUUUCUGUAAAGGUUGAGUUCAGGCAGUGAAACUGUUCCAAAGGGUUUGUUUUUUUCACAACUUAUUUUAUUAAAGUGACAUUAACUUAUAUAAAGACUGUACAUGGUCAGUAGGGAAUCUUAAUCUUUAACUGUAUACAAAAAAAAUAAAUGAGUAGUGGUAAUUUACUCUUGAAAUGCCAAUCACUGGUACCAAGUAAUUGAGGGAAGGAAGCUGAGGAUAAAAGCAGUUUUCCACAUCACAGUACUUUACAUUUUAUAGCAAGGCCUAUCUACUUAUUAGGGUUAAAUAUCAGCAUUUUGGUUUUCCUUCUGCUACUGUUACAUAGUAGAAGUCUGAAGGCUUUAUCGCCACCUGAUUAUUUAGGAACGUGCAUAGUAUCUGACAGGAAAUGUACCAACCUUAACUUGUAUGGGGGAGUUUCUUGUUUGUUAAAUUUUUCCACUUAUUUUAAAGACUGCUAUUCCAGAAUCUCAAGAAAUUCCUUAUGGAAGGGAAUAAAUCUUCAAUUUUUUUUAACUCUUCUAUGUUCUGAACUAUAUAUAUAUUACUGCAGCAAGAUAGACUCUUGAGUUUAAAAGUGAACAUGAAAUCCUGUUGCUCUUGGGAGCAAAACAGUACCGCUUCAGUUAAAAGAUACAUAGAUUUUAAACCUUUUUCCUUCCUUCCUCAUCUUUCCAACUUGGAUUCUUGUCUUUAAAUACUUAGGUCCAGUAGUUAUAGAUUCUGUUACAUUUUUUUCUGGCUUUCUUGCUGUACUAAUGACAAAAAUAUUAGUAGCCCAAAGUUCAAAGGAUGUUCUUGAAAUGUGUGAGGUUUGAACAGUGGGGCUUUGAUCAUCCUCAAUGUUUUUUAAAAAGCUAUUAUACCAAGAAUGUUUUGAAGUACAAAAUGUGAAUGGAAAAGAAAAUGUUUACUUUGUGACUGUAUGUUGAGAGAGGUUGAGAGAGGGGAUGAUGCUUUAAAUCUUGGAAAUUGCUAUGUCGUUGAGCAGUCAAUCAAUUCUGAUUAUUACUCUGAAAAAACUUUGCACUUUGGUCACUGAAGUGCCCAAACAUACAAAAUCUGCGUGUAUGCACAUACAGUAUGUGCAAACACACACUCACCUUAGGAGUAGAUUUUAUGGGGAGCCAAUUGCAGACUUGGCAAGAAUAUUUAUUCAAAAUUGCUUUAUAGCAUAUUGUCAAAUGCAAAUGGAUUUUACAAAAGCAUAGCUUGUUUCAGAAUGCUUAAAGCAAUGACAUGGUUUCACCGUAUACACCAUUUUAAAUAGUGCUCUGUUAUUUUACAAAAGCAAGUUUUAUUCCUUAAAACUAGUUUGCAUUCAUCACCUGGUGGUUCCGUUCCAGCUGUGGAUUUCUUACAAUCAAUCACAUUCUUAAAAUUUUAGUAUAAAUGGAUAAACUUGUCAUAAAAAAAAACUUGAAACUGAGUCAGUCUUAUUUAGUACUUACUAAACUAGUUUGUUAUAUUGGACAGAUUCUUUUCAUAGUCUAAAUAAAACUGACCAACUGAAAUGGCAUUUCCUUCUGUAGCAUUAUCAAGGAUGUUGCUAGAGCUCAUGAAAGUGACAGACAGGGAACAGGUUUUCAAUCUUUGUACCCGAAAAGUUCUCUCUUCGCUAAGAGUAUUAUUCUGCCACACUUACCCACCUUUAGUAGUAUCUUGGUCCAUAAGUUGUCCCUUUAAUUUCAGCAAGACAUCUCUUGGAGUAAGGUGCUAUAUAGUGUGAGUACCAGUGUUGGAUCCUGAAAAAAAUUAUUUCAAAAUAAAAAUAACAACAACUCCUUUUCCUGAUAAAGUCACAACUUAAUUUCUAGUGGUGUUAACACAUACAUAUUUGAGAGUGAGCUUUCAAAAUUGUAUUUUUAACCUGGUAAAUUGGAACACUUACCAGAUCCCCCUUUCUAACUAUUCCAGAGGGAACUGUUUUAAAAUAUAUACAGCAGUGUCUGUUUAUUCUGAAGUACAGUCCAGCUCUUAUUAGCCCUAAUUCUUUUCAAACUCUUUGGCUACUCAAGAGUGGUGUCCCAUACUCUCUGAGAGAACCACAAGGUCCAAGGAAGCCCUAGUAGUUUGACCCAGAGAAAACAGCUGAAUGAGAGCUUCUUGAGUAAAGUGCUGGCUGAAAGAGGCUUGUUAAUUCUGUGAGCAAAGAAACAGCUGCUGUUCGAUUCCUAUUGUGGGAAGCAGGACUUUAUAAACAGGAUGGCAUCAAAGAAAUACCAGAUUACAUCAUCAAUCUCUCCUCCUAUUGGAAACUGCCUGCUUGAACUUGAAAAUUGGCUAACCAUUCAGGUAAAAAGAGGGUGACACUGCAGAUCAUUCCUUCUGCAAGAGGGAGAGGGCAGACCUAGGGUGUCUCCUGUGCAGUUUACAAAUUCCAUUGUCUCCCUGCGCUAGUAGCUCUUCCUGUGCUGGUACUAUUUCAGUUUGGAAUUGUACUGUAAUUUUUUUAAAGGAGAUGUUUGUUUAUAUAGUGCAGCUAACAAUCUCUGCAGAGGAAAAGAAAGUAAGCUUUUUGUGACUGGAUCUCAGCCUCAGUCAUGUUGAGCUGCUAAAUUCCACUGAACUCCUUUCACAGACCUCAAAAACACUUUGAGGCAAAGAUAUUAUAAAUACAGUAAUCUUUGAGCCAUUUUUAAGAAGCACGAGACUGAUCACAAAGUUAUAAUAGGAGACUUUGCAGUAUAGUAGAGACUUGCAUUUUCAUAUUGCACAUUUAAAAUCCCUUUUAGAAAACAUAGCUGUGCAAUGGCUUUCAUUUAAGCCUAGCAUAUGCGACAAAUUUCAAAUUCCUAGAUCAGGUUGUUCAUGAGAGAUGUUAUUAGGAAGUAGUUACUUUUUCCAAAAUGAAAUGCCUGUCACCUGGAGUCUCACACCUCAACGGUUUUAUCCAUAACUACUCAGAAUUUCCUCUCCUUUAGAGGGUAUCCUGCAAACAUGUUCAAGUGGGAACUUGGGAUGGCAGGGUGCAAACUUGAGUUUGUCACUGCAAAUACCCUACCGCCUAAACAUGAGUGAACUAUUGAAGCCUCAAAAUAGGGAACUCCCAUUUUGUUAAUUCAUUUCCUCAUUCUUAGUAAUUUGAGGCUAUUUAAAAAGAAGGAAAAUGUCUCCGAGCUCUAGAAACAUCCAUCCUGGCUUUGUGUUGCCAAGAAGAUAUUCUGUUGCCUUUCUGUUAAGCUAAAGGCUUGAAUGCCAAAAUUAAUAACUUUUACUGUAUAGUUAAACCUAUAUUGUAAAUAUAAAGAAGGUUGUUAGCAAUGGCAUUCAUGCAUGUGCAGCAUCGGUCAAUAGCCUAUAGUGGCCUGGUUGCUUUUGUAAAGCAGAAUUGUUUGAAUUUUUUUCUUCUGACACAUUUCUACAAUCAGACCAGGUUAAUCCAUGUCUGAUUCAAUAAGACACUUAAGCAUCAGAGCUUAUUAAAUAAUAACCAGUGUCAUGUAAUUUUAAACUCAUUCAUCUAGUGUUCUUCUGCAUUUGAAAAAGAAAUUGUCAAACUGACUCACAUUAAGCAGGUCUGACUGGAUAUGUAUAUACAACAGUGUAAAUAACCAUUUGUAAAUUAAUGUGAAUUGUACCGUAUCUUGCAUUUGGACUUGUGUAUUGCAUUGUACUCUCUCCUAUUUUGUAGAAAUUUUGAUGUAAAGAAAAAGGUCCAACUUUGUGUGUGCUGACUUUUUUGUUAAAUUGACCAUAUUCAAGGCAUCUGUGUUGUGUGAUAAUCACAUUCAUUACCUUUAAUGGAGCAUAUUUAUGUUUCAUGUUAAUAAGGUAUCCAUUAUAGUCUACUGCCGCCAUUGUCUUUCCAUAUGUUUUUAUGUUCCCUUGCUUUUGGGGAUAAAUGAAUAGUAAUACACUUAGUUGUGGGGAAAAGCUAUUCUAGUAACAAGGCAAAUGAAAAAUGCUAAUUAGUGGUAAAUGUAUUGUCUUUCAGCAUAGGGAAACUGUUAAAUCGGAUACUCAUAUCUUAAACAUUGUCAUACAUCACGUGUCAUUGGCAGCCAGUAGUAUCUGCUGAACACACAUGGACAAUUUAAGUACACUUCUUUAAGACGUAUUGUUGUUCCUGUUGUGAGAGAAGUUUGUUAAGGGAACAUGUAGACAAAUUCCUAAAUUAGAAGUUUCCAGUGUACAUAAGCUGUGUAAUGACAGGAGGAUUAAUUAGUGUUGUGCAACUGUGUAUGUAUAAUAAAAGGCCAAAUCACUAAUAUACUUCUGACUAUCAGUUUCCAGAAUGCUACAGUAGCUAAGGUACCAACUAACUAGUAGCCCAUUCAUAUUUAUGGAAACGUGUCCACUGGGUACAUUCUUCCACCAAAUCCUUUCCAAGCCUAAAUGGAUACAAUACAGGACUAGUACACAACUUUCUCUCUCAAUGUACAAGCAGCCUUCCCUGGACUUGUAGUAAAAUUAAACAGUUUAUUGAUGUCUUGCAUGCGAGUUGAACAAAAGCAAUAGUUUGAAGCAGACUUGGUACCGCUUUUAAUAAAAUAAUCAGCUGUUGA